GCUUGUAAUGGGGGCUGCAAUAACAAUGUGCUUUUGUUUGUGUUACACUGCUUGGCUCGUCUUACCUAAUGUAUGUGGUUAUCUUUGUAGAGCAAAACGAAAUUUCGCGGUAAUCCCUGAUAAGGAGCCACCGAAAUUUGAAGACAAUUAUCACGGCAUUAUACUGAUGUCUUCUUUGCUAAAAGCACUUUCUAACAAAGACGCCUGGGAAGACCCUACCCCGCGGUUCAGACCCGAUUCAAAGUAUCUCCGGUACAUGAAAAGAUUGUACAGAAUGUCUGCCACUAACGAAGGAGUGCCAAAGCUGAAUACAAGUCACCUCUAUAACACAGUAAGAUUGUUUACCCCGCAAGCAGAGUGCCUCCAGCAGAUCAAAGCGGUUUUCACACAAGCUCUUUCUUACAGCUUGGAUCGCGUAACUGCCCAGGAGCACCUGCUGAAGUCUGUUCUCCUCUAUUCAUUUGAGAGAGCACCCAUGGUUCCUGUUGCAUCUGUCUGCCAUGUGCAUCUCAGUGAGCAAGUGGGUCCUGAUGAGCAAGUCUGUUUGAGUGCCCACGACUUCUUCCACAUCCAAAUGGAGAGGAGGACCAGGCACAAAUGGGUAGAGGUUGAUGUCACAUCUUUUCUAAAGCCUCUACUGGGCUCUUAUAGAAAGAAUAUCCACAUCCUUGUGAAUUUCACCUAUGUGGAAGACAGAAGACAAAAGAGCAGUGCCCAGGAGCAAGAUCAGCUGAACCACACCCUCAAGACUCCUUCCCUUGUGCUGUACCUGAACGAUACUAGUGAACAAGCCUAUCAGAGGGGGACACCACGGAUAAAGAUGCUGAGCUCGGGAAAUCCAAGACCAGUAUCGGAUCCUGCUCAUUUGCAAAGUCCAGUGAAUGUGGAGAAAAGAUCCUUGCGAAACAGAAGAAAUGCAACUGACAAAGAGCUAGAUAAACAAAAAUCAACGCCUGAGACUUUUAGUCUGGACGAACACUAUAAACAUUUUGAGUUCCCCACAGAUGAAUGUGAGCUCCAUGAUUUCAGGGUGAGUUUCAAUCAGCUUAGGUGGGAACACUGGAUAAUUGCACCCCACAACUACAACCCUCGCUAUUGCAAAGGGAUUUGUCCAAGGGCUAUUGGUUAUCGAUAUGGGUCUCCAGUUCACACCAUGGUUCAGAAUAUCAUCUUUGAAAAGCUGGACUCCCAUGUGCCAAGGCUGUCAUGUCCCGUCUCAAUAUGACCCCCUAAGUCUUUUAACAAUCGAAAACGAUGGUCCCAUUGUGUACAAGGAAUAUGAAGACAUGAUAGCUACUAAGUGU